AUGUUGAAACUGAAAAACCAAGCCACCCUUUUCUCUAACCAUGAAAAGCUUCGGUUCUUCUCAGCUUCUACAGCUUCUGCAGCUAUUUCAGACACCAUACCUCAGCCUCAAUUUCCACAACAAUCCACCUUAGAUUCCAAUGCCCAAAUAAAAAACAUGCCAAGUACUCAUCUUUCAUUCUCUUUAGACCCCGAUCUUUUUAUCUCCACGCUUUUUAAGUGUAAAAACAUUUUUCAAAUUCAACAAGUUCACUGCCAGGUAAACACUACUGGCAUAACUAGUGACCUUGUUGUUGCUAAUAAGCUCCUAUACAUAUAUGCAAGACACAAAGAUUUAGUUAGCACUUACCUCUUGUUUGAUAAAAUGGAAGAGAGAGACCCAGUUUCUUGGACUGUUAUGAUUGAUGGGCUUGCUAAAAAUGGUGAUUAUAAACUUUGUUUUGAGACGUUUAGGGAGCUUAUUAGAUGUGGGUCAAAACCUGAUAACUAUUCAUUGCCAUCUGUUAUAAGAGCUUGUAGGGACACAAUGGGGUUGAUUAUGGGUAGAUCGAUUCAUUGUGUGGCAUUGAAAAAUGGGUUAGAUUUUGAUCAUUUUGUGUGUUCUACUUUGCUGGACAUGUAUGCAAAAUGCGGCAUAAUUGACAAUGCCAAGCAGCUGUUUGAUAAAAUGCCUAAAAAGGACCUUGUCACUCGGACAGUCAUGAUUGGAGGGUAUGCUGAAUGUGGAAAACCAAACGAAUCGUGGGUUUUGUUUGAUCAGAUGAGAAAAGAGGGUUUUGUGCCUGACAAGGUUGCGAUGGUGACUAUUGUAAAUGCUUGUGCUAGAUUAGGCGCUACGAAUAAAGCUAGGUUAGUUCAUGACUAUAUAUGUGCUAAGAGGUAUUCUUUGGAUGUGGUAUUGGGGACGGCGAUGAUUGAUAUGUAUGCUAAAUGUGGGAGCGUUGAUUCUGCUAGGGAAAUUUUUGAUAGGAUGGAGCAAAAGAAUGUGAUUUCAUGGAGUGCAAUGAUCGGGGCUUAUGGAUGCCAUGGACAAGGCAGGGAGGCGCUUGAUUUGUUUCAUAUGAUGUUGAGUAGUGGAAUACGACCUAAUCAAAUAACAUUUGUUUCGUUGCUGUACGCUUGUAGUCAUGCAGGUUUGGUCGAUGAAGGUCUUCAACUUUUCUCUUUGAUGUCAGUUAAUUAUGGUGUGAGGCCUAAUGUGAAGCACUAUACUUGCAUGGUUGAUCUCCUGGGGCGUGCUGGGAGGCUAGAUGAGGCAUUGAGAUUAAUUGAGAACAUGAAGGUUGAGAAAGAUGAGGGGGUAUGGUGUGCUUUGCUUGGAGCAUGUAGAAUCCAUAAGAAGGUAGACUUGGCAGAGAAGGCAGCAAAAUUGCUUCUUGCGCUACAAACUCAGAAUCCGGGACACUACAUAUUGCUUUCAAAUAUUUAUGCAAAUGCUGGCAGGUGGAAAGAUGUGGCAAAAAUUAGGGAUCUAAUGACCAGAAGAAGGCUAAAGAAAGUGCCUGGUUAUACUUGGAUUGAGGUGGAUAGCAUUAUUUAUCAAUUUGGUGCUGGAGAUAGUAGUCAUCCUCGAUCAAAGGAGAUCUAUGAGAUGCUGAAGAGUUUAAGUCAGAAAUUGGAAUCAGCUGGUUAUGUCCCUGAUACAAACUCUGUGUUACAUGAUGUUGAUGAGGAGGUUAAACUUGGAAUUUUGUAUGCACAUAGUGAGAAGUUGGCAAUUGCAUUUGGCCUUAUUGCCACACCUGAGGGAACAGCAAUCGGGAUUACAAAGAAUCUGAGGGUUUGUGGUGAUUGUCACACAUUUUGUAAGCUGGUGUCAGCUAUCACACACAGGGAUAUCAUUGUACGCGACGCUAACCGAUUUCACCACUUUAAGGAAGGGACUUGUUCUUGUAGAGACUAUUGGUAA